CCGCAAGAUCACGGAGGCAGCGUGAUCUGGGGAGCAGGCAAAAGUCUAUAUAACCCCCCCAUCCUCCUCGACCAUCUUCCGUUCGACUUUCUUCCUUCCUCAGACUCAGAGCACUCAGCCCAAGCCAUCCAAGUCCCCCAAAGACAAAAGCCAGCAAAUAUUCCCAACCCAAUCCGCUCCCCAAAUCCCCUUCUCCAUCAUCAAGAAAAAUGCAGUUCUCCAACCUCUUCACCGUCUUGGCCCUCGCCAUGACCGCGACCGCCCUCCCUGCCGCGGAGAACGUCGACGUGCUGGCCGAGCGCACCGACACCCCCCCGCCUGCCAAAUGCAACUCCUCCAGCACCAACGUCUGCUGCCAGGGCGGCAUCCUCGGCAACAUCCUCUGCGCCGUCUCCAUCCUCGGCGGCUCCUGCACCGGACAGGCUUACUGCUGCCAGACGGAUGCCCCGGCGGGCGUUCUCAUCAACAUCCAGCUGCUCAACUGCGUCAAGCUGAUCAACUGAACUGGUGGUGACCCGCGGAGUGGACAGGAAUGGUCUCCUCGCGCCGUCCAGCUUCUUGUGUCAACAAUAGUAUCUCGAACGCGCGCGUGGCAGAACCCAUCCCUUUUUCGUGUGGGGGCAUUCCAUGGAACGGGCUGGGG